CGUCCACGGCACGCGACGAUUUUUAAACCAGAGCGCGGUACUGAUCCCAAAACGUUUUUCUUGUUAUUAUUGUUUGUUGUCUUUUUGCAAUGGCGGUAAAAUAUUCGGCAAGUGAUAAGGAACAAUUUAUUAAAAUGUUGAUAAACUAUCCUAUUAUAGAAGAUAAAAGGACUGAUUCCUAUAAUAUUGAGAAGAAGAAAAAAGCAUGGGAUAAAAUUACGUUAGAGUAUAAUGAGGUAGCUACAGAAAAGAGAACAGUAAUCCAGUUAAAAAGAUUAUGGGAUAAAAUAAAAAGAAGCAGGAAAAGUGCGUUAGCUGAAGAGAGGCGUGAAGUGAUGGCCACAGGAGGCGGGCCGUCUAAACCACUACCACCUUAUUCACAACCCGAAGUAGAUGCCCUGAUACCUCAUCUCGAUUAUGAAGUUAAUAUUGAAGAUGAUUCUGAUGGCAUAAAUUUAAAAAAUACAGAAGUUGUACGGUCAUCAGAAGAGGCAACUGCUUCAACGGUAUCAGUCACCUCUUACGUCUUAGUGCCAGAAACCCCAACAUUAUCCACUCCAUUAAACCCAAGUGCUGUUAAAGUCUCGCGCCCCCCUAAAAAAAAGGAAGAUCAUCUUGAUCAGUUGACCAAGGCAAGGUUAGGCCUAGUUGAAAAGGAAGAAUCAUAUAUGAAAGAACUUCAUGAUAUCCGUAUGGAGGAGGCGAAAUAUAAGGCGGCGGCUGCCAAGUUCGUAAUGUUACAAGAAGAGGCAAAAUGGAAGAAAAGUAGAGAUGAAUAAAUAAACGAUUAAUUUAAUAAUUAAUAAAUGAUUAA